AUGUUUUUUCCACUAUGUAUUACAUUUAUUAUCAUUCAUGAUAUAGUUGCUUUUCGUGGGGACUUUAUGUCUGGUGAACGUGAUCAAUAUGGUCGAUUUGAUCCAGAUUCUACAUUAAAUGGUUUCUUUCCAUUUUGGGGCUUUGUUUUACUAUUAUUAUCAAUGUUAUUCUUAAUUAUUGCUGCAAUUGGUAUUAUCGGCCAUUUAAUUGGAUGUAGAUCGCCACCUGAGCGCUUUCGGCACACAUUAGAUCCAGCUACAUUUUAUCCUUGA